UCACCUUGAUGUCCCCUCGCACAUUAUUACUACAUUUUGUAAUUCGAUUUAGAUUUCUGUAAACCAUUCCCCCAUCCUGUGACGUGAACAGCUGCAUAAAUAGGGUCCCGGGGACAGAUGUUUUCCAUUAUUUCCCCCAUCCCCCUGCUCCCACCAACAGCCUUGUUCCCUCUUGUUCCCAGCGUGAGGUGAUCAGUCCCGUGUACAGUCUCUCUUCCUGACACCAGUCAGCUCGGACAGAGACAGAGAAAGGAUCUUAGAAAAUGCGUGAAUGUAUCUCCAUCCAUGUUGGCCAGGCUGGUGUCCAGAUGGGCAAUGCCUGCUGGGAGCUGUACUGUUUGGAACAUGGCAUUCAGCCUGAUGGGUACAGACCUGAUGUGAAAAAUGCAAGCGAGGCUGAUGACUCCUUUGACACCUUCUUCUGUGAGACACAAACUGGGAAACAUGUCCCCCGGGCAAUCUUUCUGGACCUGGAGCCAACUGUGAUCGAUGAGGUCCGGACUGGUCCCUAUCGUCAGCUGUUCCACCCUGAGCAGCUCAUCACCGGGAAGGAAGAUGCUGCCAACAAUUACGCCCGUGGGCACUACACCAUUGGCAAGGAGCUGAUUGACCCAGUCUUAGCUAGACUUAACAAGUUGGUAAGGAUGUCGAUAUUUAAAACUCAGCUUGUCACAUCAUUUAGAAGUUUCGUGGGUGGCACCGGCCCCGGUUUCCCUUACCUCCGGAUGGAGAGUCUCUCGGUCGACUACGGCAAGAAGUCCAAGCUGGAGUUUUCCAUCUACCCGGCUCCCAGGAUCUCCACUGCUGUGGUGGAACCCUACAACUCCAUCCUGACCACUCACACCACACUGGAACACACUGAUUGUUCCUUCAUGGUGGACAAUGAGGCCAUCUAUGACAUCUGCCACAAAAACCUGGACAUUGAGCAUCCAGGCUACAUCAACCUGAACCGUCUGAUCGGGCAAAUUGUGUCAUCAAUCACAGCUUCUCUCCGUUUUGAUGGGGCCCUCAAUGUUGACCUGACAGAAUUCCAAACUAACUUGGUGCCAUACCCUCGUAUCCAUUUCCCUCUGGCUACCUACGCCCCAGUCAUCUCAGCUGAGAAAGCUUACCAUGAGCAGCUGUCGGUGACCGAGAUCACCAGUGCCUGCUUUGAGCCAGCAAACCAGAUGGUCAAGUGUGACCCUCGCCACGGCAAGUACAUGGCUUGCUGCCUGCUCUACCGUGGUGAUGUGGUGCCAAAAGACGUCAAUGUUGCCAUUGCCACCGUGAAGACCAGACGUUCCAUCCAGUUUGUGGACUGGUGCCCAACUGGCUUCAAGGUUGGCAUUAACUACCAGCCCCCUACAGUGGUGCCUGGUGGGGACUUGGCCAAAGUGCAGCGAGCUGUGUGUAUGCUGAGCAACACCACAGCCAUUGCUGAAGCCUGGGCUCGACUCAAUCAUAAGUUUGAUCUGAUGUACGCCAAGCGUGCCUUUGUGCAUUGGUACGUGGGUUUCAAGGUUGGCAUUAACUACCAGCCCCCUACAGUGGUGCCUGGUGGGGACUUGGCCAAAGUGCAGCGAGCUGUGUGUAUGCUGAGCAACACCACGGCCAUUGCUGAAGCCUGGGGAAAGCCACUGAUUGCUCCUAUGACUGAAAUUCUGACUGUCGGGAUACAGUUUCUGUUUUGCUUAUUGUUUGGAAUGGUUGGUAACCAACCUGCUGAAGGAAAGGAGCUUCCCAGCUCAGCUUUCCUGUUUCUGGAUGCACCCAUGUUGUGA